AUGGGUCUGCUCAAGCACUUUCGCUCGCGCUCGCGACUGAAGCAAGACAGCCCACCGCGAGCCCACACUGCCUACUCCUCGCCCAACAGGUACGCACCGGGCGGCCGCGACUUCACAACUCGACUGCCCGACAAAGUGCUAUCGACCAUCUUCUCCUACGUUUGCCCGCACACCCAAGACUACACAUACGAGCCCUGCGAACAAUCACAAAUCGGCGAUGGCUGCAUGUUAUGCGACCUGCGAGAUCUGGCGCACUGCGCGCAGACGUGCAGGAAGUGGUAUGCAGUCGCCCAGCAGUCGCUGUACACCAGCAUACGGAUAGACGCAGUGCAUUACUGCGAGCUUGAGGAGAUCUUGGCGGAGAAACGGCGGAAAGGUGGCAAGCAUUUCCGCAGUAAGAGCAACAUCGAACCAGUCGAUGUGCCGAACAUCAGAUUACAGCUGCUAUGCCGGACAGUGAGAGAGCAGCCAAAUCUGGCAUCGCAAACACUGUUCCUUAAGCUCCCAUACAUGACUCGAGAGACUGCAAAAGGCGAUCUUGCUCGCACCGUGUCAGCACUACCAAACAUCAGAUAUGUGGACCUUCCAGAUGGCUUCUACUCUGGCGAUCCCUCCUGCUUGGCCCUUCGACAGGAGAUGCAAGCGCGUUGCCCAGACAUCCGGAAGAUGGAAUAUAGAAGCGGCUCAGAGGACGCAUUUGAAUUGCUUGCCCAUCGACAUUGGCAAGCAAUCGAACAACUGGAACUGCAGAAUCUUGCCGUUGAGCCGGCUACGCUGCGAAUUGUGCUUGCAAGCUUGCCCACUUUGCAUGAUCUGACCUUGUCUAAUGUUUCCUGGCUGGACGACUCCAUUUUCCAAUCCUCGCCCGGCCAACUCCCCGACUUUCCAGCUUUGCAGAUUCUAAAGCUCAAGGACUUAGCUAAUGUUACAGCUAAUGGUUUGAAUUCGUGGCUACAAGCACCGCAUAUCCGCGAAGUGCUUGCAUCACUCACAUUGGACUAUACUGGUGUCACAGUGCAGGAUUUGCAUUCGGUGCUUUGGAGUGCUAGCAACAUCCAACACCUCUCGAUCGUAGAGACGGUUUCGAAGUCACUUUCGCUCGCGGCACAGCAACUUCCUCCGCUGACUUCCAUCUCCCUAAAGACAUUACACUUUGAGAUUGUGAGCAGCGAUGAAGUCCAUGGUCUCCAGAAGCCAGCAGAGUCGUACUACUCAUACCUUGCAUCUUCCCUCCACCAGAACGCUCUACCGGCUCUCACCACAUUGUAUGUCCGCGACCAAAACUUCCCAGAACUUCUAAUGCUCCCCCCAUUACCAGCAUUCGGCGGCUCCGACCAAGGCUCUCUCAACAGCAAAGCUAGCAAUCUGAGCUCGAACGGCUCAACAUACAAGCAGCCCCCAGGUGGUGGCUUCAAUCAGACGCUCGAAGUCUUCUCGAAAGGCAUCGACGAGCUCGAAUGGGUAUUCACAGCCAUCGCAGCACCCGCACAAGGAGCCGACAGGAGACAGAGCGUCAUUUCUGGAGGUCGGCCGCUAAGCGCAUACUCCGCGUCAAGAGGACUAGGGCCGCAGUGGGCACAGGGUGGUUUCGGUGGCGAAGCACGCAAGUCCGUCAUCGUCGGCAACGGCUUUGGCGGCUUCCUCGCUGUUCCACAAGAAGAAGCGCCUCGUCCAGGUAGUGCAGGCGGCUCUGGCGAUCGCUGGGGAAGUGUCGGCAGCAGCAAUUCGCAGAACAGUAGCAACCAUCGCAGCAGCUUCUUGCCACUCCCUCCGAAGAUCGGUGGCGGGCAUGAGAGGAGGAGUAGUAAGCAUGAUUUGUGGCGAUAG